GUUCGCAAACAUGCGACAUCUAGCUCGCGGAGUCAUGGAGUAGUGUAAACGGAGCUGCGACCAGCAGUGACGGGAACAACGUCGCGCGUUGCAGUCGAUUGUUUCAUUUCCCGAAUCGAUCGGCUAUUAUUAUACAUCAGCGUUCCCAGCUGGAUUGCGCAUUCCGACGAAGAGACUAUUUCUCACGGAAUUUUUGUAAACCACGUGAAAAUGUUUUUCACGAUUAACGCAUUCGCCAGACAUUGACACUUUCUUCUCAACAUACACUCGAUCAUCGGCGCCGAAGGAGAGCGGGAAUUUUGUAUCCAAAAGUAUGCUGUGCAUAAUCAACGCCGUCCGUAAUUGUGGAGUGCAAGAUUCGAAAGAAGAAGGGCAAGAAGGUGAAGAAGCAGGCGAAGAAAACUGUGGAUGAAUAUCAGCUCCGCAGGGAUUUGAGGGAGCAGGCAAAAAUGACAACAUCCGCAGAUUUGGCGCAGGAAGCUGUGACGCAGGCUGCUGUGAAGGAGGAGCCGCGAUUCUCGGAGAAUAUUAGAAUCGGUGGUAUCGAAGGAGGUGGCACACAUUCCACACUUGUAAUACUCAAUGGAAAAGGUGUGAAGUUAACGGAAAUUAAAGGACCGAGUACUAAUCAUUGGGCAAUUGGAAUAGAUGAGACUGCCAUCAGACUUAGUAGAAUGAUAGAGAGAGGUAAAGAAGCGCUAAGUAUACCGGAAUCAGUUCCUUUGGAUUGCGUAGGACUUUGUUUAAGCGGCUGCGAAGAGGAAACCACCAAUCGUCAGCUCGUAGAGACCCUAUUGCAAAAAUAUCCAAACUCGGCCAAAGAUUAUAUGGUCAGCUCAGACUCUCUCGGCAGCCUUAGGACUGGUUUGGAAUCCGGUGGGGUUGUGUUGAUCGCCGGAACUGGUAGCAAUGCUCUGCUGAUCAAUCCUGACGGGACGACUCAUAAUUGCGGAGGAUGGGGACACAUGAUGGGCGAUGAAGGAGGAGCUUACUGGAUCACUCAUCGAGCUUUCAAAUAUGUGUUCGACGAUAUUGACGGCCUCGUAAAAGCGCCGGAGCCUAUAAGCUACGUGUGGCCAGCGAUGAGGAAUUACUUCAAUGUGAUCGACCUAAACGGCAUAUUACCAUAUUUCUAUACAAAAUUCGAUAAAAGCGCUAUUGCUAAUUUCACUAAAGAAAUCGCGACCGGCUGCGAGAGGAAUGAUCCGUUGUGUCUGAAGCUUUUCGAAGAGGCUGGACAGGUCCUGGCGAAACACAUCAUCGCCCUCUGGAAAAAAGCACCGUCUGAGCUCACGUCAGGUUUCGAUGGCUUAAAGGUAAUCUGCGUCGGAUCCGUAUGGAAAUCGUGGAAAUUCAUGGAGAAAGGUUUUGUGGACGAAAUUCGCAACUGUAAUAUCAUAAAACGGUUGAGUUUACUGCGUCUGACGACGACAUCGGCGCUGGGCGCCUGCUAUCUAGCAGCGGAAAAGAUUAAUUGUCCAUUCGUUAAACCGUACGAUGACAAUGUUGAGGUCUUCUAUCUUUACUGCCAAUAAUUUGAAAAGAUAGAGAGAAGAGCUAUUAAAAAAUCGUACCAUUGUUUCUGAUAACGCUCCUGUUCACGGAAACGGGGAAAGUACACGAUAGAGCAUGAAUAAGGAAAUUGUCUAAGCAUCUUCAAGCGGAGAAAAGCGCUGAUCAACAGGCAUUACAUCAUAUGGAUUAUCUUGAACGGUUAACAAUCUGAAAAAGAUUCUGCUUGAUGAUUGCGGAGCACAAGAAUAGAAAUAAAUAAUAAAUAAAUUAAAUCUGCAAAAAUGUAACAAUAAAAAUAUUAUUUUUGUAAAAAUUAUAA